AGGAGAAUGGGGAAGACAAUUAAGUUGUUCGGGUUUGGUUCAGCCGUGACAGUGGAGGAAGUGAAGCACUUCGUGGAGAAUUACACCGGUGAAGGAAGCGUGGCAGCGGUGAAAGUAGGGCAAAGAGAAGGCGGCAGAGCACACGCCAAAGUCCAGUUAAAAAACGAGGACGAUGUCGACAGAAUCUUGUCAUGGACAGCUAGCCGAGCACUAUGGCACAACGAUUCUUAUUUGAGAGCAUGGCCGAUGAAACUUGACAUUAUCCCACAACCCAAGCCCAAAUUCGAUCUCGUCAGUAUCGACGAUUUGAUGUUGCAUUUCGGUUAUCCGGUGUCCGGAGGCAAGUUUUCCAUUCUUUGGAACCAACCUCACGUCUCUUUCAAAUAUGGUCCAAAAAUGGACAAAUUAUACUUCUUUCUGUCUUACAAUUCAAUGGAUUACAAGCUCGAACUGUUCAAUGACAAUGUUUGGCGGAUUGUGUUGCAUUAUCUGCCUGAUCAAACAAAUAAAUGUCUCGUUAUUCAGCUACUCGGAGCCCCUCGGAUCUAUGAGAGAGAUCCAUCAGCUCUGAGCACCUCAAGGGAAGUUGCAAAGGAUGAACAGUGGGUUAGGGAAGUGGAUUUCACACCAGGCAAUUGCAUUGGCCAAUCUUCUGCAAUAUGUUUGGAGAUUCCUCGAUCAGUUCAACUCCCCAAGUUCGAUCCCAGUUUGUUCUACAAGAAAGUAGAAGACCAUUUCCUGCUCCAGGAAGGAUCAACCUUUUCAUCUAACACUGAUCUCGUUCCCAUCAUAAACCCACCUACAACCAUUCACAUACCCUACAAUAUCUUGUUCAAAGUCAAUUCUUUGGUCCAAAACGGUUUUCUUCCUCCCACGGCACUCGAUUCCCGGUUCUUCGAGUCUGUUGAUCCCAAUCGGAUCGAUACCGUGUUCAUCGAACAUGCGCUGGAGAAAAUGUUCAGCCUCAAAGACUGUUUCUAUGAGCCUGUUAAAUGGCUGAAUGAACAAUACAAAGAAUACCGCAACAAGCCUCCUAGACCUUCCGUUCUUCCUGAAGGGUUGGUAGCCGUAAGAAGAAUUCAAGUGACACCUUCUAAGGUUUAUUUCAGCGGUCCAGAUAUCAAUCUCUCCAAUCGUGUUCUUCGAAAUUAUAUCAAAGAUAUUGACAAUUUUCUUCGAGUUUCUUUUGUUGACGAGGAGCUUGGAAAGAUACAUUCGUCUGAUUUGUCUUCCAGCACAUCGGUUACUGAUGGAAAACCUACUCGGAUAUAUCAGAGGAUAUUGUCGACUCUAAGAAAUGGUAUACUUAUUGGGGACAAGAAAUUCGAGUUUCUUGCUUGUUCGACAAGUCAAUUAAGAGAGAACUCCAUUUGGAUGUUUUCCUCAAAGCCUGGGCUUACUGCUGAGGGGAUACGAGAGAAAAUGGGUCAUAUCCAUGUCAUAAGGAAUGUGGCCAAAUAUGCAGCCAGAUUAGGCCAAUCUCUAAGUUCAUCUAGGGAAACCUUUCAAGUGAACCAGAACGAAAUUGAAAUAAUUCCCGAUAUAGAAGUUGAAAUCAAUAAUGACACUAAGUAUAAUUUCUCUGAUGGCAUUGGGAAAAUAUCGGCUAAACUAGCCGAGGAAGUGGCUAGGAAAUGUGGAUUGAGAAACACACCAUCGGCAUUUCAAAUUCGGUAUGGCGGUUACAAAGGAGUCGUAGCUGUCGAUCCAUCAUCUUCGGCGAAAUUAUCCUUGAGAAAGAGUAUGCAAAAGUUUGAUGCGGACUCUACAAGUCUUGAUGUUUCGUCAUGGAGCAAACUUCACCCUUGCUACCUUAACCGGCAAAUAAUCAUCCUUAUGUCGACUCUUGGGGCGAAGGAUAAUGUUUUCGAGAUGAAGCAGAAAGAGUUUUUAGCUCAAUUGGAUGCAAUUUUGGUGGAUCCAGAAAAGGCAAGGGAGGCAAUGGAUAGGAUAUGCCAUGGUGAACUUGUAAAAAUCUUAAGAGAAAUGAUUCUGUGCGGUUACAAACCAGAUUCUGAACCGUUCCUUUCAAUGAUGUUACGAACGAUUCGUGCCUCAAAACUGCUCGAUUUGAGGACAAGAACAAGAAUUUUGAUUGAGAAAGGAGGGAUUCUAAUGGGCUGUCUGGAUGAAACCGGGACACUCGAAUAUGGUCAGGUUUUUGUGCAGUACUCCGACUCUAAAUCGAGGCAAUCUUCCAGUGAGACCUUAUUAACAUUCAACGAUCGUCAAUCAAAUCAAAAUUGCCAUAUCGUCGAGGGGAAGGUCGCAAUUGCUAAAAACCCUUGUUUGCACCCUGGAGACCUACGGGUUCUACAGGCUGUGGAUGUUGUGGUCCUGCAUCACAUGGUGGAUUGCAUUGUGUUCCCUCAAAAAGGCCCUAGACCCCAUCCAAAUGAAUGCUCCGACAGUGAUCUUGAUGGCGAUCUGUAUUUCGUUUCUUGGGAUGAAGAUCUCAUUCCUCCCUGCAUCUUUCCGCCCAUGGAUUAUCGUCCUGAACCAACUGCAUUUUUGGAUCGUGAUGUUACCAUGGAGGAUGUGGCAGAAUAUUUCACUAACUACAUAAUCAACGACAGCUUGGGCGUCAUUUUUAAUGCCCACACGGUGUUUGCCGACAAGGAGCCAGCAAAGGCAAUGAGCGAGCAAUGCAUUGCGCUCGCCAAGCUAUCGUCAAAAGCGGUUGACUACCCUAAAACUGGUAUUCCGGCCAAAAUACCCAACCAUUUAAGCAUCAGUGAAUACCCGGAUUUCAUGGAAAAGCCUGACAGGUUAACCUAUGAGUCCCAGUCUGUGAUCGGUCGGCUCUACCGCGAGGUGAAAAGCAUCGAAGCCGAGGUCAGUACUGCUAAACAUUUCACCAGAUCGGUAGCGAAACUUUCCUACGACCCCGACAUGGAAUUUGAAGGGUAUCUAGCUCAUGUCAACGACGCCUUGCAUUACAAGCGUCUGUAUGAUCAUAAGCUAGCUAGCCUGAUGCUUAGAUUCGGGGUAAAAACCGAGGCCGAAAUCAUCAGUGGAUGCAUCCUGAAACUGUCCAAAUAUUACGAUCGAAGGGUAGAUUUAGAGAACAUCAUUGCAGCGGUGAAAUCACUGAGAAAAGAAACAAAAGGUUGGUUCAAUGAGAAGGUUAGUAGUAGCCCAGAAGAUAAGUUUGCAAAAGCUUCUGCUUGGUACCAUGUCACCUAUCACCCUAGCUUUUGGGGUUUAUCCAGAGAUGGGGCUGAUGAACAACAUUUCAUUAGCUUCCCUUGGUGCAUACAUGAUAAGUUGCUUCCAAUUAAGAGGGAAAAUUCUUUAAAAGAUCCCAAACCCCUAGAAAUUCAAAUCAAGGUGGGGACCUGA